CCCUGGAAGCAGUUCCGGGAAACCCCGCGUGUUGCCGGGGUCGCGCCGCCGUCCAUGAGGAGAAAGGAAGUGCGUGCGCGCCAUUUGCAGUCGCUGCUUAGGCCUCAGCCGCGCCGCGCAGGCCGCGCUCCGCAGCAUAAUAAAAUGGCUAAUCAGGUGAAUGGUAAUGCGGUACAGUUAAAAGAAGAGGAAGAACCAAUGGAUACUUCCAGUGUAACUCACACAGAACACUACAAGACACUGAUAGAGGCAGGCCUCCCACAGAAGGUGGCAGAGAGACUUGAUGAAAUAUUUCAGACAGGGUUGGUAGCUUAUGUCGAUCUUGAUGAGAGAGCAAUUGAUGCUCUUAGGGAAUUUAAUGAAGAAGGAGCCCUCUCUGUAUUACAGCAGUUUAAAGAAAGUGACCUGUCGCAUGUACAGAACAAAAGUGCAUUUUUAUGUGGAGUUAUGAAGACCUACAGGCAGAGAGAGAAACAAGGAAGCAAAGUACAAGAGUCAACAAAGGGACCAGAUGAAGCAAAGAUUAAGGCUUUGCUAGAGAGGACCGGUUACACUCUGGAUGUGACCACUGGACAGAGGAAAUAUGGGGGCCCUCCUCCAGACACUAUCUACUCAGGAAUUCAGCCUGGUAUUGGAACAGAGGUUUUUGUUGGCAAGAUUCCCAGAGACUUGUAUGAGGAUGAAUUGGUGCCACUCUUUGAGAAGGCUGGUCCAAUUUGGGAUCUGCGCCUCAUGAUGGAUCCUCUGUCUGGUCAGAACAGAGGUUAUGCUUUUAUUACCUUCUGUGGCAAAGACUCAGCACAAGAAGCAGUCAAACUGUGUGACAACUAUGAAAUCCGUCCUGGGAAACAUCUUGGAGUGUGCAUUUCUGUGGCGAACAACAGACUGUUUGUUGGAUCAAUUCCAAAGAACAAGACCAAGGAAAACAUAUUGGAAGAGUUCAGUAAAGUCACAGAGGGUUUGGUUGAUGUAAUCCUUUAUCAUCAACCUGAUGAUAAGAAGAAGAACCGGGGAUUCUGCUUCCUGGAAUACGAAGAUCACAAGUCUGCAGCACAGGCUCGACGUCGGUUGAUGAGUGGGAAAGUAAAAGUCUGGGGAAAUGUUGUGACUGUGGAAUGGGCUGACCCUGUAGAGGAACCAGAUCCAGAAGUCAUGGCAAAGGUGAAAGUUUUGUUUGUGAGAAACUUAGCCACUACAGUGACAGAAGAAAUCCUCGAAAAAUCCUUCUCAGAAUUUGGAAAGCUGGAAAGAGUGAAGAAAUUAAAGGAUUAUGCUUUUGUUCACUUCGAGGAUAGAGGUGCGGCGGUAAAGGCCAUGAAUGAAAUGAAUGGAAAAGAGAUAGAGGGGGAAGAAAUUGAAAUAGUGUUAGCUAAACCACCAGAUAAGAAAAGGAAAGAACGCCAGGCUGCCAGACAAGCCUCCAGAAGCACUGCGUAUGAAGACUAUUAUUACUACCCUCCACCUCGUAUGCCACCUCCUAUUAGAGGCAGAGGUCGUGGAGGGAGAGGUGGAUAUGGCUAUCCCCCAGAUUACUAUGGCUAUGAAGAUUAUUAUGAUGAUUAUUAUGGUUACGACUAUCAUGACUACCGUGGUGGCUAUGAAGAUCCCUAUUAUGGCUAUGAUGAUGGCUAUGCUAUAAGAGGAAGAGGAGGAGGAAGGGGUGGGAGAGGUGCUCCACCACCACCUAGGGGGCGGGGAGCACCACCACCAAGAGGUAGAGCUGGCUAUUCACAGAGGGGGGCACCCAUGGGACCACCAAGAGGAGCCAGGGGUGGGAGAGGGGGUCCUGCACAGCAGCAGAGAGGACGUGGUGCUCGUGGAGCCAGGGGCAACCGUGGGGGCAACGUAGGAGGCAAGAGAAAGGCAGAUGGGUACAACCAACCUGAUUCCAAGCGCCGCCAGACCAACAACCAGCAGAACUGGGGCUCCCAACCCAUCGCUCAGCAGCCGCUCCAGCAAGGUGGUGACUAUGCCGGUAACUAUGGUUACAAUAAUGACAACCAGGAAUUUUAUCAGGAUACUUAUGGGCAACAGUGGAAGUAGACAAGUGAGGAGGGCUUGAGAAUGAUAUUGGCAACAUAGAAUUGGCUAUAGCUCUACACCCUUUAAAAAAAAUAAAUUAAUUGGCUUAAUGUUUCAUCUUUCAGUAGCAAUUGGCUGCCAUUUGUAUUGGGCUGAAAUCACUCUAUUGUGUAUAUAUUCGAGUCUUUUAUUUUCCUUUUUCAUAAACGCACUUGGACAUUAUUGGGCUUGCAGAAUUCCCAAACUCCAUUUGGGGUUUCAGUGCUUUUAUUGUUUUAGGUUUCAUUUUAGCAGUUUAAAAGCAGGAUGGGCACACUGUUCAAUCAUGAUUUUGCAGAACCUCUGGUUUUGGACAGUUUCCUUUUUCGGAUUUUGGGUAGACUACAUAGGAGUAUGCUGUACAUAAAAGUAAAAGCUAGUGCUUUGUCUUAGUAGUUUUAAGAAAUUAAAACAAAAAAAUUAAGAUUUCUUGUAUUGAAAAUAACAUGAUUGUAUGUUUUGCAUUCCUAGAAGUAGGUUAACUGUGUUUUUAAAUUGUUAUUACUUCACACCUUUUUGAAAAUCUGCCCUACAAAAUUUGUUUGGCUUAAACGUCAAAGCCGUGGCAAUUUGUUCCUUGAUGUGAUUGUAUUUCCAAUUUCUUGUUCAUGUAAGAUUUCAAUAAAACUCAAAAAUCUAUUCAAAACAUUACCUAUUUCAAAUUCAAUUGUGUCCUAAAACAUUAUUUCAUUGGUAAUUCUUGGAAGAAACAUUGUUUUCAAAGUAUAACUGCCUAUGUGAGUGAUCAAAUUCAUUCAAAUUUCUUGUGCUUUCCAACAUGUAGCAUUGUGGACAUCAGACAAAGCUAGGCGAAAUUACAAAUAGUCCAAAGGGGGCACUGUUGUUUAAUUGGUGUUCUAUAACCUAAUCACAUCUAGUUCUGAUACUUACUGCUUUGCUUUUUAAAAGGGUUCAAAUGCAUCUGAAUGUUCUUGCAGAGCUUGUUAACAGUUAUUAAUUAUAAUUAUCUCGUAUGGAGAAGGAAUUUGGAGACUGCAAUUUGUUAGCCCCUGUUCCUUUCUGUUAAUAUUGUGUAUUGUUGGGGCCUCUAGCAGCCCCCACAUAGGUAUCUGUCCUUAUUGUACUAUGUGGUGUACAAACAUAUAGGAAGAGAGUCUCUGUCCCAAGAAUCUUAGUUUAGGUCAAAUGGUUAAAUUUGUGUUUGCUAAUGUUUAUGACAAGGUUGAGACUUGUAAGUUAAAGUGCUGUGGCAAUAUAGACUGAGUUUGCUACAGACAACACAAACAUGUUCUCUACGUUCUGCUUAAUUCAGUCACUGGCAUUUCGAUGAUCUGCCAUGAUUAACAAUUUGCCUUAGAAUUCUCAUGCCUUUUAAUAAAGGCUUAAAUUUAAAAAAAUGCUAGUCACCAUCUUUCUGGGUGAUUACUAGCUAUGUGUUUUGGAGUAUUUUGUUGCUUUUAUUGACUUCUACCUUUGACAAUCCUGGAGGUCUUUUUGACUGCCAAGUCUUGAAAUUAGUUUUCUCGGUAUCUUUUGGGCUGUGCUGUACCCCAGUGAACACUUGCUUUUCAAGAAAGA